AUGGAGGCCAGUGGGCAUUCACAAUCCCACGGUCUGCUAGUGCUUCAUCACCAGCUGCCUUCAACCCAACGAGCCUGCAGCCAUGGCAUUCAAUGGAACCUGGAAAGUCGACCGCAACGAGAACUAUGACAAGUUCAUGGACCAAAUGGGCAUUAAUGUCGUGAAGCGCAAGCUGGCAGAACAUGACAACCUGAAGCUCAUCAUCGAGCAGACCGGGGACAAGUUCCACAUCAAAGAGUCCAGCACCUUCCGCACCAAGGACAUCGACUUCACCCUGGGCGUCCCUUUCGACUACAGCCUGGCUGAUGGCACUGAAGUCUCAGGUACGUGGGAGAUGGAGGGUGACAUGCUAAAGGGCAAAUUCACCAGGAAAGACAACAACAAGGUCCUGACCACCACUAGAGCUGUGGUGGGAGGAGAGCUCGUACAGAGCUACAACUAUGAUGGCGUGGAUGCUAAGAGGAUUUUCAAGAAGCAGUAACCUGGAGACUGAAGUUCAUAUUUUAUUUUUAUAAAGACAACAUGAUAUAGAUGUGUUUUUUUUUCUUUUCUAACAAGUCAUGGCAAAAUCAAGUGUAUUCUGAUGGGAUUUUACUGCAUAUACCUCAAAAUGUUGGCAUUUUUCAGAGUUUUGAUAGAAGAAUCAUCAUCCACAGAGUUUUGUGUUUACAAUAUCAAAGUGUGGAAGACUAAGUGUGGACCCAAACUCAGAGACAGCAAACAGGUUCAGUUACAGAAGCUCAUCUCGAUUCAGAAUGAAGGAGACAAACAAGCUAAAAAGACCAAAUCAACGAUUUCAAGCGGCUCUCUUUAAAAACGUGAGAGAACUAACGACUAGGUGAAUAAAAGCAGGUGAUUAACUCAAGCAGAAAAACUCAGAGAGGAUGACAACUAAAUGAGAAGCAGCAAACCUAACGUACAAACAAACUGAGGGAGAACAGCUGUCACUGUGCAGUCAAAGUGCCUUAAAUAUAAUAAAAAAUUGCAUCCCAGAAAGGAUCAGGUCACCCACAUCUCAAAGACCAUAUUUUCUUAUUUACCUCUAGUGGCAGCUAGCCAUGCAAAUAGUUUUGGAUUUGUGUGCCCAGAUUUUGAGAUUUUCUAUUAGAUUUCUAUUGCCACCCUACAAUGGAGGAGAGUUUCCCUGCACUGAAAAAAUAUCAUUUGAAGUCAUCAGCUGCAUGUCUUUCCAGAAACAAUGCCCUUGUUGCUCAGGAUAAUCCACAGAACAUGGACUAUUUUAUUGGUGCAACAUAGUUCCAAUAAAAACUGUUCACAUGUUUGCGGAUUAUCCGAGGUAACGGGUUCAUUGUUUCUAGAAAUAUUUGUGGCUUUUGGAUUAUUUUAAAUGUCAUUUUCAUCACAGCUUACUCUAACUUAACUAGUCUUCAUCAUUGUGAUGGGAAGCAGCCUAAAGCAGCACAAUAACAGUGUCACACAACAUGAGAUAUAUAAUAUGUUGUUUUCUGCCAUUAAUCAGUUGGGAAACGUCAAUUUGCACUAAUGGUUCUAACAUAUUAUAUGGUAUAAUCUGUAAC